UUCAUACGAAAUAUUUCUAUUUCGAAAGAGAAUUUCUCUCCGGAAAGAAUUUCUCUCUCUCUCAGUGGAUUCAGAGAUGCGAGGCCAUGAUUGGAUCAACAGUACUCUACCGGACGAGCUGAUCCUUGAGAUUUUCCGGCGGUUCGAUUCGAAGCCGACACGCGACGCGUGCUCGCUCGUCUGCAGGCGGUGGCUCUCUCUCGAGCGACUCAGCCGCACCACUCUCCGAAUCGGCGCCUCUUCUUCUCCCGACGUCUUCAUUUCUCUCCUCGCUCGUCGCUUCCUCCAUAUCACCUCCGUCCACAUCGACGAGCGUCUCCCCGUCUUCCUCCCUUCGCCUUCUCCCCCGUCCAGAAACUGGAUGUGCAUGCAGAGAAGAAGACGCGAGAGAGAAAGCUCAUCAGUUUCAUCGCGUAAGCCUCGUGGUUCAGCUGACAAGAGACGCUCAGAGGAGGAACGUCUUGAGCCUAGCAGCUUGUCCGAUGCUGGUUUAACUGCUCUUGCCUCUGGAUUUCCGCAACUCGAAAGCCUAAGCUUGAUAUGGUGCUCUAAUAUUUCAAGUCAGGGUUUGAUUUCACUUGCCGAGAAGUGUAUUUCUCUUAAGUCUUUGGAUUUACAGGGUUGUUACAUUGGAGAUCAAGGCUUGGCAGCUGUUGGAAAGAUUUGUAAGCAGCUUGAGGAACUAAACCUGCGUUUCUGUGAAGGCCUGACCGAUGCUGGAUUGAUUGAUGUUGCUGCUGGAUGUGGUAGAUCAUUGAAGUCUCUUGGUGUUGCAGCCUCGGCAAAAAUAACAGAUUUGUCCAUGGAAGCAGUUGGAAAUCACUGUAAAUUUCUCGAAACAUUGUCGUUGGAUUCUGAAUACAUCCAUGACAGAGGGUUGCUGGCAGUGGCUCAAGGGUGCACCCUCUUGAAAACUUUGAAGCUUCAAUGUGUUAAUGUGACGGAUGCGGCACUUAUAGCUGUGGGCACCUUGUGUUCUUCACUGGAGGUGUUGGCUUUGUACAGUUUUCAGCAAUUUACUGACAAGGGCAUGCGUGCUGUGGGUAAAGGGUGUAAGAGUUUAAAAGAUCUCACACUGAGUGACUGCUACUUUGUAAGCUGCAAAGGCUUGGAAGCUGUUGCCCAUGGUUGCAAGGAACUUACUCGUCUAGAAAUCAAUGGAUGCCACAAUAUUGGAACUCUUGGACUGGAGGCAAUUGGAAGAUCUUGCCCACACCUUUCUGAGUUGGCCUUACUAUACUGCCAAAGAAUCAGCAAUUCUGCUCUCCAUGAAAUUGGACGUGGCUGCAAAUCCCUACAAGUGCUUCACUUAGUAGAUUGCUCAAGUAUUGGAGAUGAUGCGAUUUGCAGGAUUGCUGAAGGCUGUCCAAACCUCAAGAAACUCCAUAUCCGGAGAUGUUAUGAGGUCGGUGACAAAGGAAUUGUAGCAGUAGGUCAGCAUUGCAAAUCACUAGCAGAGCUUAGUCUUCAGUUUUGCGAUAGGGUUGGAGAUGAGGCACUGAUUGCUGUUGGUGAGGGCUGUUCAUUACAACGACUGAAUGUCAGUGGCUGCCAUCAGAUUGGCGAUGCCGGAAUAAUAGCUAUAGCAAGAGGUUGCCCUAAACUCACUCACCUCGAUGUCAGUGUGCUUCAGAACAUGGGGGACAUGGCAAUGGAAGAGGUAGGAGAAGGGUGUCCAAAUCUCAAAGAAAUAGUUCUAUCUCACUGCCAUAAAAUAACAGACACCGGCCUGAACCAUCUGGUCGGAAACUGCAAAGCGCUGGAGACAUGUCACAUGGUCUACUGCCCCCGCAUCACUUCCUCGGGUGUCGCCACCGUCGUCUCGGGCUGUCCCAACAUCAGAAAGGUAUUGAUCGAGAAAUGGAAGGUCACCGAUCGGACCACGCGCCGAGCCGGCAACAUCAUCUCUUAUCUUUGCAUCGAUCUCUGAUCUUAGCGUAAGGUGUAGUUUUGAGUCUUUUUUUGUCUUCCCCUUUUUGUCUUGGUUUUGAAGAAAAUGAAAUGGAACUACCAAUAAUAAUGUAAUAAUAUGUUGAUUGGCGGUUUGUUUAAUUAUUGAAAAGGUCAUAAAUAAAGCAAUAAUUUGUUU